AUGACAUUCACCACCACUCCCCUCGGCACCAUGCUCUGGGGCGACGCAUGGAACCCCAAAACCCCCGUCGCCUACGCCUUCACUUGGCUCUUCCUCUUCGGCCUCUCCAUAUUCUCGCGUAUGAUGUACGCUGGAAAAGCGUGGGCUGAAUCAAAGUGGCUCAAGACGGGCGCUGAUGGAGAAGCGAGGGCGGGGAGUGUGAGUAGUGGUGAUACUGUUGCGAGCUUCAACACUGCCGCGCAGGCUUAUAAGCUGUUGCCGUGGAGGAUGAGUGUUGAUGUGCCGAGGGCUCUCAUCCAGUUUGUCAUUGCCGGUGUGCAAUAUCUUCUCAUGUUGGCAGUCAUGACGAUGAACGUGGGAUACUUCUUCUCCGUGCUCGGCGGAAUCUUCUUCGGAGAGUUGAUCGUGGGACGGUACACGGCGGCCUUCCACCCCGUCGGAAGCGACUUGAACGAGCACCAUUAA